AAAAACUGGUGGUGUGCAAUUAUCGACGGUUCCCGAACCAGGGUUUCUUCCGUUUGUCAAUCAUAAUGGUGUUCUAAUUCAGAGAUCUGUUCCUUGGAACUACUACCAGAAUGCUGUCACAUCUAGUUAUUCAUUUGCAUGGUGGGGCUGGGAAAGAUGGGAGAAGGAGAUUGACUGGAUGGCUCUUCAAGGUAUCAACUUGCCUCUUGCAUUCAAUGGUCAAGAGGCCAUCUGGCAGAAAGUUUUUCAGAGGUUUAAUAUUAGUGGUGAUGAGUUAGCUGAUUUUUUUGGCGGGCCUGCUUUUCUUGCAUGGGCACGGAUGGGAAACUUGCAUGGAUGGGGUGGACCACUUCCUCAAAGUUGGCUUGAUGGUCAGCUUGUUCUUCAAAAGAAAAUUCUUGAUAGGAUGUAUGAAUUUGGAAUGUUUCCAGCAGUUUUGCCAGCCUUCUCCGGAAAUGUUCCUCUGGCAUUAAAAUUCAAGUUUCCAUCAGCCAAAAUAACCCGCCUUGGAAAUUGGUUUACAGUCAACAGUAAUCCAAGGUGGUGCUGUACCUAUCUCUUAGAUGCAACUGAUCCCCUGUUUGUAGAAAUUGGAAAAGCAUUUAUAGAGAAACAAGUUGAAGAAUAUGGCAGGAGUAGUCAUAUAUACAACUGUGAUACCUUUGAUGAGAACACUCCGCCUGUAGAUGACCCAAACUACAUCUCUUCCUUAGGUGCCGCAAUAUACCGUGGAAUACAAAGUGGUGACAAUGAUGCUAUCUGGCUUAUGCAGGGUUGGUUAUUUUCAUAUGACCCAUUCUGGCAGCCACCAGAAAUGAAGGCACUACUGCAUUCUGUGCCUAUUGGUAGAAUGGUUGUGCUAGAUCUCUAUGCAGAAGUAAAACCUGUAUGGAUUACUUCCCAGCAGUUCUAUGGGAUUCCAUAUAUCUGGUGCAUGUUACACAAUUUUGCUGCGAAUAUUGAAAUGUAUGGAAUACUAGAUGCAGUUGCAUCUGGGCCUAUAGAAGCUCGAACAAGUGAAAAUUCAACUAUGGUCGGUGUUGGUAUGUGCAUGGAAGGCAUCGAGCAAAAUCCUGUUGUUUAUGAUCUUAUGUCUGAGAUGGCAUUUCACCGCAAGAAAAUAGAUAUGAAGGCAUGGAUAGAUUUAUACCCAAGGAGGAGAUAUGGGAAGAAUGUUCCAGCAAUACAAGAUGCCUGGAAAAUAUUACAUCACACUCUAUAUAACUGCACAGAUGGUGCUAAUGAUAAAAACCGUGAUGUGAUUGUAGCAUUCCCCGAUGUUGAUCCAUCCAUCAUUUUGAUACCCAAGGCAUAUAACUCUGCAGCUCUACAUCAUUUCAGCAGACAGUUAUCUGAAAGGGCACAGUCAAUAGGAGCUCCAAAUUCAUUUGAUAAGCCACAUUUGUGGUAUUCAACCAGUGACGUGUUAUAUGCGUUGGAACUUUUCCUAGAAAAUGGGGAUGAAAUUUCAGAUAGUAACACUUUCAGGUAUGAUCUUGUGGACCUCACUAGACAGGCUCUAGCUAAGUAUGCAAACCAAAUUUUCUUGACGGUCAUUGAAGCUUAUCAAACUAAAGAUGUUGAAAAGGCUGGCAUCUACAGCAAGCUGUUUCUUGAUUUUGUCGAAGAUCUCGACAUUCUUCUGUCCUGCCAUGAUGGGUUCCUACUUGGAUCCUGGUUAGAAAGUGCUAAGAACCUCGCAGAAGAUUUAGAACAAGAGAAACAGUAUGAGUGGAAUGCAAGAACACAAAUAACGAUGUGGUUUGACAAUACAGAGACAGAAGCUAGCCUGCUUCGUGAUUACGGAAAUAAGUACUGGGCUGGUCUUCUGGUUGACUAUUACAAGCCCAGAGCUGCUAUAUACUUCAAGUACUUGUUGGAAAGCAUGGUAAAAGGAGAGAGGUUUUCGCUGGAAGACUGGAGAAGGGAGUGGAUUGGUCUGACUAACAAAUGGCAGAGCAGUAGAAAGGUGUUUCCAGUGAAAGCUUCGGGUGAUGCUCUCAGUGUAUCGCGACGGUUGUAUGACAAGUACCUGCGAAAUUCUGACUCAAAACUGUUACCGGUUUUCAUGGAUGAUUCGAGCAUUAAAGCUGGGAGCUUUUAGAAUUGGCAACAGCUGCUUCGUCAGUUAACAACCUCAUGUUUUAGCCUUAGUUUACUAUGUGAAGCAUUGAGCUUCUAUCAACUGUGGAUUAUUAGCUGCGAUGGGUUUCACUCUUGUGAUGAUGAAUACUCUAUGCGUAGAACUUGGUCGACGGUGGAAACUCACUCACCCUUCUUUCUCAUUCUAUCUUGAUGUGAACUGUAUCAGUUUUUCAUGGUAAUUAUUGCCUGUGCCGGUGGAACAUCAAAACUAAAAUCCAGUAAUCGGUACUUUUUGGUAAGAGCACAUCAGAGAGACUGUCUCACUUCUUUAGGAAAAGUUUUUAGUUUAUUGACACAACAAAACUUCUGAGUGGUUCACCUUUGUAAUGUUGCAUCCGCUGAGGAAGCAACUAAAGUUCCACCAAUCGAUGAGAAGAUACCACGGAGAUCUCAAUCGCGGAGCCCAUAGAUAUGCUAUGCUGUUGGCUUUCUGCUACCAAGCUAAGAGCGCACUCGGCAGCUUUGCAACUGUAGCUGCAAUGUUGUUGUCAUUUGCAUGCAAUUGAUAUACAAUAAUUGUUCUUUCAUGCAACUGUAGUUGUAACUAUUUGAUUCAAUUUUCUAAUUUUAUAACUUUGCAGUUGUAGCUGUUUA